UCGGAGAGUCUCAGUAUCCGGGAAUAGGCCUAUAUAGACUAUUCGAUCAAACAAAUCAUAGCAACUCUCAAUAUUAUUUCAGUCUACGACAAAUCGCCAGAAGCUCAAUGAAGACGGAGAGUGUGGUGCAAAACAUUCCGUUCGUCGGCAGAAAGCGAAGUCUGAUCGAAGAUGCCCGGAAAGAGCGCGCCAGCGGUUCAUCGUCCCCUGGCCCAUCGCGGGGCGGUGAAAACUUUAUGUUUGAGGAAAAGGAAGGAACGGUGACACUGAACAUUCUUUUUGCACUCAGCCAUGAGAAGAAUGCAGGGUUCUUUAAAACUGGCAAAGUCUUUGAGACGUUUGAAGCCAAGCUUCUGAAUAUUGAGAGCCGACCAGGGAGGAAGUCUAAGAACAGUGGCUAUGAUGAUCUGGAGAUCUUUAUGAGGUGUGAAGUGCACAGCUCUGACACAGACAUCUUCAUCAACUCACUCAAGAGAGUCGCGGACGACGUACGCACCAUCCCAGAGGAAAAAGUUCCCUGGUUCCCCAGAAAGAUCAGAGAUCUGGAUAAAUGCAACCUGUUGAUAACGAAAUAUGAUCCAGAUAUGGACCAGGACCAUCCAGGAUUCAGUGAUCCAGAAUACAGAAAAAGAAGGUGCUUCAUCGCUGAACUUGCAGCAAAUUACAAACAUGGGGAACCAUUACCCAGAGUGGAGUACACACCAGAGGAGGUGGCCACGUGGAGAGAGGUGUACCGGACCCUGAGGACCAUCUACCCUGACCUGGCGUGCAGACAGUUCCUGGGUGGGCUGCAGCAGCUGGAGAGGGAGUGUGGCUAUGGAGAGGACAGUAUCCCCCAGCUCCGGGAGGUCUCUGCCUUCCUCAAAGAGAAGACAGGCUUCCAGCUGCGUCCGGUGGCAGGGCUACUCUCCGCCAGAGACUUCCUAGCUAGCCUGGCCUUCAGAGUGUUCCAGUGUACCCAGUACAUCCGCCACGCCUCCGCACCCAUGCGCUCCCCGGAGCCAGAUUGCUGUCACGAGUUACUUGGCCAUAUUCCUAUGCUUGCAGACAAAGAAUUUGCCCAGUUUUCCCAGGAAAUUGGCCUAGCCUCACUGGGAGCGUCAGACGAGGAUAUUGAGAGACUCUCAACCUUGUACUGGUUCACGGUGGAGUUUGGACUGUGUAAGCAGAAUGGAACUGUGAAGGCAUACGGUGCCGGCCUCCUGUCCUCAUAUGGAGAACUCAUUUAUGCUCUCUCUAACGAACCUGAGUACAAGCCAUUCAACCCAGAGGAGACAGCAAUCCAGCCGUACCAGGACCAGACUUUCCAACCUGUCUACUUUGUCUCAGAAAGCUUUGAGGAUGCCAAGAUUAAGAUGAGGCGGUACUCGUCGUCCAUCCAACGGCCCUUCUCUGUCCGGUACGACCCAUUCACCUGCAGCCUGGAGGUUCUGGACCAGCCCAGUAAGAUCCAGCAUGCCCUAGGCCAGAUGAGAGACGACCUGAAGAUACUCCACAGCGCCCUGGAGAAACUGGGCUGAGGGCCUCAACACUGAGCCAGAGACUCAGGGAGUGAAACUGAUACAUACCUCUGGAGGGGUGGGAAGGGAAAGACAUUUUGGGUCUUUAAAGGUGCAAUCUGUAAUUUCUCUGUGUGGCCAUGGGGCCAAAUGCACAAUCAAUCAAUGCUCAAAAUAGUUCCAUUUAAGACAAUCAGUUGAAUAUCCACCUCUUCAAUCCUGCUGGGCUAAUACUUGCGUUAUUAUUAUAAUAAUUUUUUUUUUGAGACUAAACUAGAUUUAGCCGUUAAAUGGAUGGAUGUGAAAUGCUGUGUAUAUAUUUAUUCAACUGAAAAACACAAUUUCUAUUUCUUUGCGAGAUGAAUGAAUAUUUCCUUGUUGGGUGUAUGUACUAAUAUGUACAGUCAUGUUAUACAUGUAUUGUGAGGAGAAUGUACAAAGUAAUAAAUAUUUACAUUUUUUCAGUCCAAUCACAAAGGGCAUGAAAAAGAGACACACAUGGGGGUAGGAAAUGUACAGGGUAAAUAUGUCAGAAUGUUUAUCUAAGUAGAGAGAUUAUAGAGAAAAACUUUAGAAUGUAUGUGUAAAAUAGUGACCAUGGAGGGAUCAAGGAAAGAGACAAGAAAGUAUCCGAAGUCUGUGUAUUUGCGUUUGAGAGAGCGAGCAAGAGACAGAGAGAGAAAAAGAGAGAGGGAACAUGAACGAGAACGUCAAAGAGGGUUGGAGUACUACAAUAUAACCCUAUGUGCCACACUACCUCCCAUUCCAAACCAACUGUUUCCAUUUAGAAAA